AGGGCAGUCAACAUUCACCCGAUUACAUCAAAACAAAUACAUGUUUUCAGUUGUUUUAUCAUUUCCGAGGCACAUGAAAGUCACGUGAACAGUCACGUGAAAAGUCACGAGGAAGACGGAAGUGCGGCUGCAGCAAACUGUAAACACAGCAGAAGAAUGACGACAGCAGCUCUGACCGCGGGUCUGGAGCGGAUCCCGGAUCAGCUCGGGUACCUGGUCAUCAGUGAGGACGGGGUUCUGGCCUCUGCAGGUGAGCUGGAGAACGACGAACACACGGCAGGUGUGAUGAUGGAGAUGGUUCGAACAGCGAGUCGCUUCAGAUUACCUGGAUCAGCUGACCCCCCCUUCAAACGCAUGUCAGUGAUCCUGGAGGACUUCGUUUACGCUGUGACGGUCUCUGGUCAGAAGGUUUUUGUGGUCAAACGUCAGAACAACCAGCAGGAACCGAUCAGCGUUUAAACGGAGGUCAGGUGGUCUGAAGACGACGAUGAAGGUCAGAGGUGAACAUCACAGUGACCUGCAGCUGACCUCUGAUCAGUUUCUGUUUGAUAUUUUCUGUUUUAUUGAAUCUGUUUGUUAAAAUAAAGAUGUUUGAUUUCAAA